UCGCUGAUUGCAACUGCGCACACACCUUUGUUUUCUGCUAUUCCACAGCACACUAGAAAUUUCUAAAUUAUUUUGAAUCUUUUUUCUGCAAAAUGUCAUUCAAUUAAAUUAGCUUUCCCUGUCUACGUUGUGGCGUUUAUACCAAAACAAGAAGGCAUCAGGGAAAGAAUCUGGCUGAAUCUGGACAUGCGUGUGUUUCAUUUUAAGCAUAUGCACAUUUUUACUUUCAGUUUGCUUUAAUCAGGGGCAAGUUCUCUUCAAGGUGUCAUGGCUCAGGAUCGUUGGUGUUUGCAGCCAUUGCUGUGGUUCACUUUAACUAACCUUUUCCAGUGUACUCCUGCUGUGGAGCAUGUCCCUGUGCUGGUGUGGUCGACAUUUGGCUCUUUAUGGAACCUGGAAAAAAAACCACACGAGGGUCAUAUCGUUAAAAACGAGGAACUACAAACAUUCCUGAAACCAAUUUUUAACCAAGGUUCCCAGAACGUUGUGCUAUUUCUUCAGGAUGAGCUUAGUGUUGAAGACUUCACGCAGUAUAGCCCUGAAAAUGGAGAUGAUGAAACAUUCGGCAAUGUACAGCAAUUCCUGGAAACUUCAAACUCAUCGCUGGUUCUGCCAUCAGUAGAUUGGAGGGCCAUUCAAUAUCUAAUGGAAAAUCUAACUUGGACCGAAAUACACAAUGACAUUGAUCAUGAAAUGGAACUGGAAAUGGAUCCUUCAAAACCAAACCUGAUUGUAGUAAAGUUGGCACCUGUUGAUCGCAUGACUAACGUCAAAAUGGCACAGGGUCUGAGCAACAAUGAUAAGGUAAUCGGGGGGACAACUAAUACUUUGAUACGGAAAGGAAUGCAAUUUUCUGCUAUUUACACAGCUUUGAGACCUUCUGUGGUUAUUAGAGGCAGCGCUGAAAGAAUGAUUCACACUGGACGGAGAUUGAUGGCCUCAGAUUCAACUCGUCCUAUGCCGUACCCACCAGUGAAUGUGACAAAUGGCACAGACACUUGCAUUCUCUUUCACGCUACCAGCCUGCAACUAAAAGUCAAUGGAACACUCAUCGACUUGACCAAUGAAACCUUUAUUUCCAGAUCGGUGGACACCGAUAGUUCCAUGUGUUCAACCGAUAAUGUCACGUUAUCACUCAAGUAUUCACUCCAACAAAGUCCAAGUCUCAGUGUUAAGACUCUAGAAAUCAGGUUUCUGAUGAGGAACCGUUUCUACACUGUAUCAGCUCGGCACUGGUUUACUUUAGACUUUGUUGAGAUAUUGCAGGAUGAAGUGAAUGUUGCAGUGUUUAAUGUAUCCAGCAUCUCAGCCCCACAUGAAUAUUCCUUCCACUGUCAGCUGGUCGGAACCAGUGGGCUCUCUGGGGUAGUGUUUAUUCCAGCUAAUGUUGCUGCUGGAGCCUGGACCAUCACAAUUUCUGAGUUUCAGAUUCAGGGUUUCAACGUGGAGGACAACCGAUUUGCUUAUGCCAGUGACUGUACUUCCUUCUUUACAAGGGCUAUUUGGAUGGCCCUGAUAACAUCGCUGAUUUUUUUGUACAUCCUCACCUUUGGCAUACACAUGAUUAUGCACUUGACAACAAAUGACCGCUUUGAUGAUCCCAAAGGCCCAGCCUUAAUAGUUCCCCAGACUGACUAGGUCAACCUGAGUUCUCAAGCUCUCUCUCUUGUGUUAACUGGUGUAGGGAGGAACUGCAGUCACUGGUUGACACCAAAGAUAGACACAAAAUGCUGGUGUAACACAGAGGGUCAAACAGCAUCUGUGGAGAACAUGGAUAGAUGAAUUUUCGGGUUGAGACCUUCUUCAAAAGAAAGAUAUCGACCCGAAACGUCACCUAUCCAUUUUCUCCAGAGGUGCUGCCUGACCUGCUGAGUUACUCCAACAUUUUGUGUCUAUCUUCUGUUGUUAACUAAAUCGAAUUAUUGCUGAAUAUGUGAGUACAGAUUUCCCCAUUCACGGUAUAAUCUGGUUAGUUAGAAUUUUGAGUGUUAGUUUUUGAGUGUUAGUAUAUUCCAGUUUGAACAUGAAUUAAUUCUGUAGUUUUCAGCAUCUGAUGGAUAAAGUUGACCGGAAAGGAUGAUGUACAGGUCACUUAAUCAUAGAGUCAUACAGCAUGGAAACAUGCCCUUCAGCCCAACUUGCCCACACUGUCCAACAUGUCCUAUCUACACUAGUCCCACUUGCCUGCGUUUGACCCAUAUCCCUCUAAACCUAU